UAUAUACAAACAAACAGCUUGAUCAUGACCCUUUCUAGUUUCACUGAACAUCUUCUCCUCUAUAUAUAUAUUCAUCUAACAUCUCUCACCUUCUCAUUCUUGAGUCUUGACCACACUAAGCUUGAUUUCACAUUCUGCUCUAGCUUUGCGACGUGCCCAAGCGCUGUUUUUGACGUGCCCAUGCUUGAGAAGAAGCUCACGGUCACGGGCACGGGCACGGCCAUGGCCAUGGCCACGGAGAAAGGAAGGAAGCCGGGGCUCAUCACGAAGACGCUGGGCCGGUGCCGCGGCGCGCGGCGGAGGAGCAGGCCGCCGGCGCCGGAGGGGUGCUUCGCGGUGCGCGUCGGCGCGGGGCGGCAGCGCUUCGUGGUCCGGACGGAGUGCGUGAACCACCCGCUGUUCCGGGCGCUGCUGGAGGAGGCCGAGGAGGCGUUCGGGUACGCGGCCGCCGGCCCGCUCGUGCUGCCCUGCGACGCCGACGCCUUCGUGCGGGUGCUGGAGCAGAUCCAGGAGGAGGAGGAGGACGCUGCUGGCCAGGCGGCGCCGGCCGUGGCGAGGUGCGGCCUUGUCAGGGGCCACUCCGCGUACCGACUGCUGCUCGUCCCCGCCCGCCCGCUCCUCGUCGGCCGGUCCUAGUCUGUAGUCCUCGGCUCCGGCCGGCCAGCCUGGGAGUGGGAGGUGACGACGACGAUGCUUCACCUCAUGAUUGCACCGAGAGCGAGAUGGAUAUGUGUACUGAAUACUGAUAUGAGUCGUGUGCAAACCGUGUAGUAUGUUUGUAGAUGCCAGCCGCCAGAGGUGGGUGGUUCCUGCGUCGUAGCAGUUGAUGCGUUCUUGAGCUCUAGUUUUUGUUGAGCAUGUUCUUAUUGUCAAACAGACAGAACGCCAUGCGCUUUAGACGUGUUGAUGCAUGGCAAUUGGCAUGUUGGUACGAUGCAUGUUGCCCUCAUAUGAUCGAUGUAAUCCCAGUUAGUUUUCCCCUUUUUCUCUAGAAUCAAGAAGGUAGUGUCUUUAAUUAAUACAUGUAAUACAACACAGAGUGUCAAUUUUCUAGCCCAAAUGAUCUUACAGCA